AUGGAUGCUCCUGCAUCAGGAGGUACACAUCAGAAAGAAGACGUGGGGGAGAUCGAGGUGGUGAGUUUUGCGAUAUCGACGAAUUGUAUCGUAUUGGCGCACCCGUAUCCGUAUCCAUAUCCAUAUCCGUGCAACAUAGGCUGCCAUGGCCCCUCAAGAGAAGAGCUUUCAAUAUCAAGAUGGAUGAAGGAGACUGAGUUCCUUGUUCCGUUUGAUGAAUGGUUCUUAAAGGAGGAUGAGGAAGAUAAAGGCGGGAGCUUGUGGAGAUAUAACAGAUAUUCAUGA